CCUUGCUUCUAAUGUGUCCCACAGCAACUUAUCAACACCUGAAUAGGGAGCUCCUUUAGUGAAUGUGAAACUGCUUGAUUCAGUGCUUUCUAUAGGGUUCAGUGCUGAGGCAGGAAUCCUGCAUCACAGGUGAAACUGCUCAAGCACUAUUGCAAACAUGGAUCUUGGCUCCGACCAACUUUUGCCAGAGGAUUAUUUCCUGGCAGAAGAAGGAGCAUUGCUAGAGGAAAUGGCUGAAGAAGAUGAAGAGAUUGAUCUGUACAAUGAGGUGACUUUCGGUUUAGACCAAGAGUCUGAUGAAGAACCCACCAAACAGGAGGAGGAUCAUAAAAAACCUGUUCAAAUACCUGAAGCACCAAAGAUAGAAGAGCCUGAAAAACCACAACCUAUAAAGGAAACAAAGAAACCUGAAAAGUCCCCACUGCGUGAGGUUAAGAUUGUGGUGGAAUCUGAUGAAGAGCAUGUGGAUCGUUCCAUUGACUCUGGGGGUCAUACAAUGAAUUCAACCAUGGAUGAUUCAGAGCUUGGAGACCCUGCUGUAAUGAGAGCAUUUCACGGAAAACCAACACUGGAGAGCUUGGACAGUGCAGUUGUGGACAGUGGAAUAGGAUCUACAUGGAGUGAACUGGACACAGACUAUGAUCAGAGUGGAAUGGAUUCAGGCCUUUGGGAGGCUUCUCCAAAGGUUUCCAUGUCGGCAACUGGGCAAAUAUUGGAGGAUAAAGCAAUUCUGCGCGUGAUGGAAAGGGCACCUUACCUGCCACCAGCGAACUUAGAGUUCUUGGGGUCUCCCCUGCAGAGAGGAUUUAUGCCUUCACAAAGGCUCCAAAGACCAGAAAUGGGUGUUAUGUCUCCCAAGCCUUACAGACCAAGAUUCAUGAGGCAGCAAUCUCCUCUUGUACCUCGCUCAAUGCGUCCACCAUUCCCCUUCACACCACCAAGGAGAGGUCCACCAAUCUUUACCCCAAAUCAGUCUCCAGGUUUUGUAUCUCAGACUCCAUUUAGACCAAUGUCACCCAACGUCAGCACCCCAACCCGACCAAUGACUCCUAAAAUGGUGAGGAUGCACUUUGGCCCGAUGUCUCCCAGCCCGAGCUUCUCCCCAUUCUUCAGUCCCAUGGGUAAUGCACUGCAAAGGUUUAAGGUUCCAGGCCAUGUCACACAGUUGCACCCCCAGCAUAGAAGGAUACUCAGUCAACGUCAGAGGCCGCAAAGUUCAAGUCGGAAGCAGUGGGAAAGUAGACCGGACCCUUAUGCGAGCUUAAUGUCUCAAAAGGAAAAGGAGUGGGUAAUAAAACUGCAAAUGAUUCAGUUACAAAGUGAAAAUCCCCACUUGGAUGACUAUUAUUAUCAGGCUUACUAUGAAAAGUUAGAGCGUAAAUUGGCUGAGGAAGAACUUUUGGGAGAACGCAAGAAACGAGAGCCCACAAAACUGGUUACACCAUACAUUCAAAAGGCAGAGAUGUACGAGUCAGUGGUUCAUAUUGAGGGUUCCCUUGGACAAGUGGCUGUUUCUACCUGCUACAGCCCGAGGAGAGCAAUAGAUGCCGUUUCCUACGCCAUGCCAGAUGAGGCUAUUAAAGCACUUGGGUACCAAAGGUUAAGAGUCCUUAAACACACUGAGAAGGUGUUCCUCUUACUCUUAGAAGUUGAAGAGCUGGCAAGGAAGAUGUCCCAUAUACCCGAAGAAGAGCAUGCACACUUUCAGCACAAGCAGAACUAUAAAGUGCAAAGGAUAUAUGAUAUUCUCAAUAUGGCACCCUGCCACAGUGAAGAUGAAUCUGAGAAUGAGUUUUUGCAGCUCUUGCAAGUGGGAAAAGGCAAGAAGUUGAUAGCACGGCUCCUUCCAUUCCUUACGAGGGUGCAGGCCGGGAAGAUUCUCUUGCUCGUAGUUCAGCACUUACCAUUCCUCAUAAAGAAUGACUCGGCGGAAGAGUCCCUUUCUGUUCUCUACGGCCCCCUAAAGAAUAUAAUCAAUGGGCUUUCCUUCACUGAACUCAUCGGAGUCAUUCAAGAGCUCACCCGACCAUUGCCAGAGUCCAGUGACCUGCCCCUCACACUUGCAUUUCAGAAUCAGUUUGGGAUCUCGCUGCUCUAUUGUUUGCUGAGCCACGGUGAGAGGCUGCUAUCAUCUGACAUGCCUAUGGAGCCUUGCAUUGGAGACUUUGAAAAAUGGACCGAUACAGUUUUCCUGGUUGCUAAGGAGCUGUCUCAUGUCUCAAAGUCCUCCAUGGUGGAGCCACUCUUCUUGCCCAGUAACCUGCUCUCCUUGUUCUGCCGUUACCUGGACAAGCAGACUAUUCAUAAACUCGAGGACAAAAUGGAAUGUCCUGCUAUCCCCCCAUACACAGCUGUACCUUCAUGAAAUGCUGCAUCUGCCAUAGAGGAACGGACGAACCUCUGCUUCACUUACCACAAGUUGAUGGGAGAGGUGGAGCUUCUGCUGCAGAUAUUUAAAUAUUUAUUCCUGUUUUAAAGGACUUUUUUUUUUUUUUUUUUUUUCUUUUUGUUGCUGUUUGUUCAGACUUGAAUAAGGCUUUCAAACUUGGUUUCCUUGAAGGUCUGAAGAGCGAUGAAAUGUGUUCACUUUCUGUUUAAAUUAUUUGAAAAGCAAGAAAUGUCGAUGCUGUGUACAGAUGUGUGGGGAGGGGGAAGAUGGCUGUAAAUUUGUUUUUGUUGGUGUGCUACUCGCACAGCAUUCACUCAAUAUCAUGUACAGCACUUGCAAAAAAUAAACUGAAAGGAAAUGUU